GCCGCGGGGAAAGCUGCUCCAAGUUCGGCCUCGGAGCAGAAGCUCCGCUGGGCGCUCGAGAGGCGUGGACCUCAGGGUCCAGCAGCCCGCAGAGCGCAAGGUUUCAGUGCGGUGGGUGUUCCCACCCGGAAUUCUCUGGUGGAGCCGAGCCCCGCAAAUGGGCACAUGAGGAAGAAGAGCUGGGAAAUGGACUGCUAUUUACGCCGCCUCAAACAGGAGUUGAUGUCCAUGAAGGAAGUGGGAGAUGGCUUACAGGAUCAGAUGAACUGCAUGAUGGGGGCGCUGCAGGAACUGAAGCUCCUCCAGGUGCAGACGGCACUGGAGCAGCUGGAGAUCUCUGGAGGGGGUCCUGCCCCUGGCUGCUCUGCAAGUCCCCGGACACAGCCCCCACCCCCUCAGUGGGAGGGUGGCGGAGGCCCUGCCAGGCCUGCCGCCCGCCCCACGUCCAGCCAGCCUUCCGUGGGCAGCAGCGCCAAGCCGCCAGCUCACAGAGGUGUGUGUGGGAGGGAUCCAGCCUCCCGGCCCAGGACACAGCCGCCAGAGCACCCAAGCCAGGCCCUGCAGGGGCCGGAGCUGGUGGAACCGGAUGACUGGACCUCCACGUUGAUGUCCCGGGGGCGGAAUCGACAGCCUCUGGUGCUGGGUGACAACGUUUUCGCGGACCUGGUGGGCAACUGGCUGGACUUGCCGGAACUGGAGAAGGGUGGGGAGAGGGGUGAGACCGGGGAGGGAGGAGAGCCCAGUGCGGAGCGGGGCCAGCCCUGGGAGCUGGGCCGCCGGUUUGCCCUGACCGCAAACAUCUUCAGGAAGCUCCUGCGCAGUGUGCGUCCCGACCGCGACCGGCUGCUGAAGGAGAAGCCGGGCUGGGCGACACCCACGGCCUCGGAGCCCCGCGCCGGACGCUCGCAGAAGGUUAAGAAGCGGGGCCACUCCAAGGGCUCCGGCCGCUUCCCUUCCCCGGGCUGCCCAGGGCCCAGGCCGGGGGAAGGCCCUUCCACCAGCCGCCCCCGGGCCCGGGGAGCCUCACCCUCUGGCUUCGAUAUCAACACAGCCGUCUGGGUCUGAAUCCUAGGGACAGAGUUUCGCUGAACCCGAAAGGGCCAGGUCCCAGUGCCGGGCCCCUGGGGGGGAGGGUGGUCAGGUGACACGUGGCUUUCAGAGGCCUAACUCCAGGUCUCUUUCCCCCAAAGGAGGGAAAGGAAGCCAGAGAAAGGAGCAGGGCGGAUAGGCCUGAGGUUGGGAGGGAGGCUGUGACCGGGGUGGCCACCGGGUGGGGGAGGUGAGUGCAUGUGCGUGCGUGCGUAAGUGUGUGCGUGCGUGUGCGUGCGUGCGUGCGUGUGUGUGUGUGUGUGUGUGUGUGUGUGUGUAUGUGUCUCACUCUGAGGCUGGAAGUGACAGCAGAGGAGAGGGCAGGAAACCUUUCUGCCCUCCUUCACCGCCCCCAAAGACCUCCUUUCAGCAUUCUGCACAGAUCAGGACACUGGGGCCUCAGGUACCCCCAAAAGGCUCCCAGUAAAGACCUUAUCUCCGUCCCCAGCUUUAUAACUGUCUGCUACCCUGGCAAAGCGCUGCUCGGGGCAUAGGUAUUGAACCCCAGCCUCCUGGGAGGCAGAGCAGCAGAGAGGCAAAUCUACUGCCCUCCCAUACCUGUUCCUGGUACCUUUAAGAUUUCAGCCAGUACCUGGAUCCUGAGAAAUGGCUGAAUAAGGAGCAUAGGUUUAAGGAGUGCUUGGGACAGCCCUGAUAUCUUUCCAAAAACACAGGGAUGAUAUCUGUAUAGCACUUUAAACGCUGGCAAGCCUUUCCAUAUCCAUAAUCGCCUUUGUAAGUGGGCAAGUAAGGCAGGUGUUAUCCCCACUUUCCAGAUGAGGAAGCGGCCCGCAGUGCUACCUGUCCAGGGACACGACGUUGACGGGGCAGGAAGCAGCCCAGUCCAGGGCUGACUGAGAGCGCAGCUGGGCCUUGGACUCACACAGGGUCCUCCCCAACACCCUGUCUCCAGUCCUGAACCCCCACCCGACACAAGGAGGCCAAGGCGUGCCCAGAUGAGAUGAGCACUCGUUUCCAAAUUCCUAAAUUCCUAGCUCCACAUCUGACCUCCCUCUGCACCACGGCACAGCCAUGGGCCUCGUCUUUCCACCUGACCCAGAACUAGUCUGGGGGAGGGAAGGGGAAGGGCCUGGGCAGCAGCUCAGCUCCUGCAGCAGUGGUGGCGGGCGCGACGCCACCCCGGCGGCCCCCCUGGAAGCCACCAGCCUGCCUACUCUGGCCUGGAACGCCCCACUGGCUGGGAAAAGACAAUGUAGGUCCCUGUUCCAGCGAGCCAGCCUGGGAGGACACACCCUCUCUCUUCCCCUCACCCCUCCUGGCUGAUCUUCCCUCUGCCUGAUGGGGGGUGACAGCUGCAAUUAGAGGCAAGACGCCUUCCUGCCCUCAGAGCAUUAAUAGCAAACUGGAGAAGAAAAAUAACAAGAAAGGCUCUUCCUGCAUCCUGGACCCCCUGGGGCGGAGAUGGAGGGAGGGGGCUUAGAGUGAGCAGCUCCACAGCUCGAGUUAGGGGUGGUCAGGGUCGCUCCCAAAUUCCUACUCAAUCACAUGGUAGAUGUUUGGGUUUUGGUGGCCGAAGCUACAAGGGGAAAGGCGCUAAUUUUUUUUUGAGAACUCAUUAUUUGACAGGCAGUACACACAACAUGUCUUUCAGACUUCAGAACGAUCCUAAAAGGUAUUGUCAUCGUCCUCUUAGCAAAUAAAAAGACCAGGAUUUGAAACAGCCUUCUCCAAAAACGCUGUCCUUUCCUCUGCUCCCCUCCGUGGAGUUUGCCAACCGAGCAGCCCUUCCUGGAGGAGCCAACCUGCCCGCCCUUUGUUGUCCCUCCCACAGAUUUCAGUCCUGGGGGAGGCCUGUUGGCUGUGGCUGCUUUGGUGGUGGCGGUGAUGUGUGCGUGUGUGUGUGUGUGUGUGAGAUGUGUGAGUGUGGAGAUCCCAUCUCUCAGCUGCUGGGCCACCGGGUGCUGGAGAAGCCACCCAGCAAAUUGUUCAAGGAGGCACCAGCUUCAAAUCGGGAAGGAUUCACAGGAAGCAAAAUCACCUCCAAGCUGUUCGUCUGUGACUCUUGUUCUGCGCGCUGGCCACAGCCGUUCAGACCAAUCAAACAAAACUCGUGAACGCCUCCCAGCGUCACGCAUUGCGAUAGGAGCUGAGAACAGCCGUGAAGAGGGUCCAGUUCCUGACUCGAGAGCCCAAUGGGAAGAAAGCAGCCACUCAACCCACUGGUGAGAAGGAUUCAUGGGAAUGAAAAUGCAUUUUAACUUUGGCCAGAACAAAACAAUUAGGAGUGCCAUUUGCUGCCAGCGCCAUUGACAGGUGUCGGGCACUGUCAUCUCUGUGUUCUUGUUUCCUUCCUGCCACACCUGGAAGAGGUUGCUGUGACUCUUAUUCUCAUGAAGAGGCUCAGAGAAGUUAAGCAACUUGCACAGGGUCACAGUGGCAGAGCUGGGGUUGAAACAGCUCCGGCUGACCUCCAGGGCUUUGCUUCUCACGCUGCCCCACAGAUUGUCAAAAUCUGCUCCAAAGCCAAGAUGAGACACAAUCACAAAACCUGUCCUCCCACGGGACCCAGGCAACGGAUAAUAAAUGGGAUACUGCCUUCUGCUGGGGGCUCUUGCCCUGGUCUCGACAGGGCUGAUGCAUGCCCCGUCACCAUGACAUGCUUUGCUAAUGAAAGCAUAUGGCCGAUUGACUUACCCCCCACUCCCGAUAAUUUUUCCUUUUCCCUCCCCUUCUGGGCUCCUGCCGUGACAGUGAUGGACACUGUAUUUACUGAAGCCGAGGGAAGAGGGCAGUGGAAAUGCCUGGGGCCUCAGCGAUGCAGGAGAGUGUAGGGGUGGGGAGCAGUGCGUGUGACGGGGAGCUAGUAGUAAGUAGAGAGAAAUUGACAGCUUAAUUCUGCCCCUGGGGCUCAUUUUAUGGUUAAUUAGGACAUGUAAAUAAGCUGGAAGCUCAUUUAAUAUCCUCCCUGGCACAGGGCCCCGCCUCAUACCUGGCCCACUUCCCUGGCAGGUACGGGGCCCCCGAUUGGCUCAGGCAUCUGCUCAGGGCCCCACCUGCUUCUUUGUGACCCUGUGGCCAGAGUGUGUCUAUAGAUGUUCCCGGACCACAAGCAGGAGCUAGGAGAGUCCCUGCUGGGCAUGGCCGUGGAGCUGCCCAGUGACCCUCCUGCCCCUCUUUCUAGCCCUUCAGACCUGGGGCAUCCUCUCUCCCGAAGCACCUUCCCUGCACCCACCCCUCAGGAUGAGAGCUGAACUCAAACUUUCCCUGAGGAAUAGAAACCUGGUUCAGCUCUCCCCACCACAUCCCCCACUCCCUACCCCCCAGAGCCCUGUAGGGGGCGUCCUCUGUCUUUCCCAGGUCACAUGACAUGACCUAGGGCUUGGGAAAAAGCGAAAGCACAGCCUGUGUGUGGCUUCCAGUCCACCUCAGGUGACUCCCUGCCCAGGGCAGCUAAGGCAUUUCCGCUAAUGGCACGCGUGAGCACUGGGUUUGGAGUCAGACAGGACAUCAGACCCAUUGCUGUCACUGUGUGAGCUUGAGCACAUUGCUUUUUUAAUCUGUGAGUUGGGGAUAAUGCCGUGAGAUUUAAAGGACAUAAUGCACCUCAGGGUCAAGCACACCAUCUAGACAGACGUUCAAUAUAUAUAUUGGACCACCUGACCUUCAGUUCAGGCACUAACCGGGUGACCCAGGCAAAAAUGCCAACAAAAAAAAGCUUUCUGUCUGAGCUUGGUCUCUUCUAUUAAAGAACGUACACUGGCCCUAUUACCUCACAGGAUGUAGCAAGGAUCAGAGAAGACAAUAGGUGUGGAUGUGUUUUUGUACAGUGUAAAAAUAUUAUCCAGAUGGGCUGUUAUUUGCCAAAUAGCAAACAGUUUACACUUUUCCACUGGCCAAUGA